CACAUAAUUAUGUACAUUCAGUACGUUAUAUUAUCCUGGUUAUAUAAACAUAUACAUUAGCUGAUCUAUACAUUUUUUUUUGUAGGCGGAUAGUUUUGAUAUGGAUGAAUUCUUAAUCGGAAAUGAUAUUUUUAAUAAUUCAGCCACCAUUGAUGUAUCGUCAACAGCUCCUGCAAAUCGUAAUGCUGGGAAGGAUAUACGACAGUUGGUAAACAAUUAUAUUGAAGAGCAAAGCAGUCCUACAGAUGAUACGUUUCAAGAAGAUGGAACAUUUUACAUAUACGAAAUCUAUCAGCACGACAAGAUCGUGCUACAAGAAUACCCAGCGUUCUAUUACGAUGGCACGCCAGGUGGCUUGCCAUUUGGUACAGAGAUUAAAAACGAAGACAACCGAACUAUAGGGUAUGUGAUCGGACAUCACUUACAUUAUUAUCCUAUAAUGACGAUGAAAGACAACUUAUUACAUUGCGGUAGAUAUGGACUGCACAAGCUAGUCGGUCAUGGAGGAAAACUAGAGUAUCGAGAUCAAGAGUAUACAGUGGAAGAAUUUAAGAAAAAGUUUCCCAGAAUAGCAAAACAAGAUGUACAAUGUUUUGGUUAUGCAUAA